GCGCGGGGCGAGCUCGUCGUCUUCGAGGAGAGCAUGGGAAACGCUCUCUUCGUUUCGCACCAGUGGGUUGCAAAGGAGCAUCCUGACCCUGACUUUGAGCAGAUGCCCGUGUUGCAGGAUGCCCUACAGCAUCUCCUCUACAACUCAGGAUCCGUGUCUCCAGACUGGGUAACUGAAAGCUUUGUGCCUGCUGCCAAAGGCAUCUCGCACCAGGAGUUCCAGAGCAAAGCCCUGUUUCUUUGGUACGAUUAUUUCUCCGUGCCGCAGCUACGGGGCAGCCCACUGCCCGCUGCGAAUGACAGCAAUGGGAGCCAAGCGAAAGCCAUCAGUAGCAUCCCUGCCUAUGUAGCCAGGUGCCGAUUUUUCCUUGCCUUGUGUCCAACUAUUGAUUCUUCCGCUCAGGACAAGGUUUUUACACAAUCGAGCUGGAGCCGGCGCGGAUGGUGUCGGUUGGAGCGCGCUGCGCGCGAACUCUCCGCUUAUGACUCAUGGAUCCUUGUGCAAGGCUCCACGUCCCUCAAAAUGAUCGGGACAGUUUUGUCAUUUGGUUCUGGGCCAGUUGGCGAGGGCGAGUUUACAGUCGAGGAUGAUCGGCUAAAACUGGCGCCUGUUAUGCAAAAGAUUGUGAAUAGGAAGCUAACCCUGUCCCUUCAGGCAGGGGAUUUGCCUGCUUACCGGCGGCACCUAAACUUGCAAACGCUUUAUUUGACUGGUUUAAAGGCCAAGCCGACUUGUAACGUGAUUCCCAGCUGCGAUGCUAACAUGUGCACACCCACCUGUAACGUGAUUCCCAGCUGCGACGAUGCCAUGUGCAAACCUGCUAAACGUGACGAUCCAGUGGCAAGCUUCCUCUACCAGAAUGGAUUCCGCGGCAUCAGCGAGAAAGACUCGGCAGGAUUUCGGCCGCUGCACUACGCUGCGAUGUCGGGCAGCCUGCACGUUGUUGCGGGACUGCUUGCGCAGCAGGCCAAUCCGAACCGGCGGACUACGAAAGCAGAGCCGAAGCUGGGCUUCCCGCCCUGGAUGUCUGCCUUGGACAUGGCCAUGUUCUACAAACACAACGAUGCGGCACGGCUUCUGAUCUGUGCGCAGGCCCAACUGGACGGAGGAACUGCACCGGCCAUGAUAAUUGCUGCCACGUCGAACAAUGUGGAGGGCAUCCGUUUGCUGCGUGCCAGCGGCGGUGAUCCUUUGGCAAAGAACUUGUUUGGAGUUUCGGCCCUGGUCAGCGCAGCUGGCUUUGGGAGCUUGGCGGCCAUGGAGGAGCUGCUGGCACAGGCUCAGCACAGCCCGCACGAGCUGGGAAAGGCACUUUUGGACUCCAUGGCCAUUUGUGGAGGCUCAGCCGAGCUUGUUCAGCGGCUGGUGGGCCUAAGGGCUGACGUCGACUUCCAGUGCGAUAUCCGACGCGACCUUUCGCGGCUUGGUAGGCUGCUUGUAGCAGCUCAGUCCCUAAAGCAUCGGGUCGGCAAGCCAACAACUCUUUCCGCGCAAAGCUACCAUAUUCAUGGACAGACGCCACUGAUGGCAGCAAUGCAGUUUGCCCAGCACGAGGGUGUGGCUGCCCUGAUUGCGGCAGGAGCGCGGACAGACAUCCGAAACUGCCGAAACUGGACAGCGGCCGACUUCGCCAGAGGAGCGGCCGUUCCACCGUUUCUGCAGAUGCAUGCAGCCUCUUUCGUUUCUGAUAUGUAG